AUGCAAAAGACGAUCCUGAGGACACGGAUCGCCGGCCUCAAGUCGUACCACUUAAAACGGCCAACCUACAGCUGCCAGGCACGCAACCAAGCUUCCGCAGUUUCCUGCGCGGAGGUCCACGACAACCGUUGGGAAAUCACCCUUGAGGCGGAGCAGUCAGUGCGGACAGGGGCUGAAAAGCUCCAGCAACUUGGCAAGCGCAAAGAUGCAGAUUCCAACAAGUAUGACUCUUUCGACGACGAGGCGGGAGGCGUGGACGGAUUCGAAAGCCCCCAGCUGGCGAAGGCACGCGCACAGGUGGCCCGGGAUGAAGUGCUAUCCUACAUGCACCAUCGGCGCUACCAGCGCAAGGACACGGGCAAGCGAGCCAUCGCCCACACGACCGAGCCCCGCGACGAUGAUUCCGAUUUCGACGAUGAUCGGACCAUCGGGACGGCCACCAAGAGCCAGCCCACUCCAGACAGUGCCGGCGACCCUUCGAAGCUGUUGCAACGGGUACAGCAGGCGCUAGACAGAUGGCCGCCAGGCCGGCGGACUACACAGCAGCAGCAGCACGACCACCACCACCACCACCACAGCUUCCCAGACGACGACCUCCGGCCCACCAGCGCGGAUCAGUCCCCCACACGCCACGGCCGCAGCUACUUGGAGUCGUCGGGAGCCAGCUUGGUGCCUGUGAAGUCGGUGGUUGGGACUGACGAGGGGGCUGGCAGGGAUAUGGUGAUCGUGCACCGCCCCUCGUGUGCCGGUCAAGGGCAUGAGGAGCGGAGUUUGGUGGCUCGAGCGGGGGCGGGGGACAUCGUGAAGGCGCCUGAGGCGUAUCUCAGUGAAGGCGCGUUCUAUGCGUUUAAGCGGGAGCUUGCGGCGCGGGUAAUCCAGACUCACUGGCGGCGGUGGCAGGGCUGGAAGGCCAAGGUGCGCCGCGAGGCCGAGGAACGCAUCUUACAGCAGCUACUGGCGGACGAUUCCGGCCUCAGCCUCAGAUUACUGCUAGGUCCCAGCCCCAGCAGCGGUAACAGCAAGGGUGCCGUCGGCGAGGUCGCGGACGGCGCACCAUCCCGGGAGCGUAUGACCGCGGAAUCCAUGCCGCCACAAUCCACACACGCCAGGGCGCUCACCAGCGCUAUCGUGCCGACCAGCCAUACCCAUGCGCUUCAUCAGCCUGCAGGGCGGUCCUUGCAACCCGGCAGGCCUGCUAGCGGCAGCAGUGGAGGAGGAGGAGGAGGAGGAGGACCGCAAAGCAGGCCGGGGACUGUCGGCAAUGUGACAGACGCGGCGGCCCGGGUCCCUGUUGUGCGUCCGGCAUCAGCUGCAGCAGCCCCAGCGUUGGCCCGGGGCAGAAGCCCGGCACGUACUGCACCCGCUACCGUACCUGGCGCGGCGUCGCCGGGCCGGGGUGGGCGGCCUGGGCCUGGAGGACCGGCUGCGUGCAGGGAGGGCUGCGCGGGCCAGGGCCCGAGCUUCGACUCAGAUAAAUCAGCUGAGGAUUUCGUCCGCGGCGCUUGCAGGCCUUCAGAGGACAGCGUGAGGCCAUGGCGGAGGCACGUUGGCGGCCACGCCGUCUACACCUUCGUCGCCACGCCACAAAAGCAGGCCAGCAUUGCCGCUGCUCCGCCUGACGCUUUCCCGGCGGCAGCAACGCAGCCAGAUCGCGCCGGCGCGCGCUUCACGACUGCAGAGGCGAGCAUGCCACCCCGCGGUCUGCCGGAAGAUCACCAUGAGGCCAAGACAGCUCCGUCCAGUUACGUCACCACAUCCAGGGAUGACGAUGACGACGCUGCAGCCGCGCCGCAGCAGGAUCCGCGCCCUACGUCCUCUGGCCCGAAAGCCGGCCCUCGCCCACCUUCCCCGCCACCGCCACGGCAUCACCAUCAGCAGCAGCAGCAGCAGCAGCAUGAACAGCAACAGCAGCCGUCCCUGGAUGCGGACACCAACCCCGCCAUGGCGUCCCCUACGUUGUCCGCGGCCACAGCGCAGAGCAUCGGCGAUUCCGUCGUGGGACUUGGCGCCUCACCUCUCACGCCCAUGGCAGGCCCAUCAGCCACCCGUGGCGCACCUCAGCCCGCCACUGCUGCCGCGGCAUUCAAGCAAUCUGAUUUAGUUUCUCAGCCACAGCUGAAAGACCCGCGCCCUCAGGACGGUGAGACGCGAUUUGAAGACCGUUCGCGGUGCAAUGCCCGCCCGCAGCAGCCACAUCAACAGCAGGACCAGCAGCAGCAGCUACAACAGCGGCCGCGCUCUGGAGCAAGUGUGUCCGAGCUCGCAUCGCCGCCGCUAAGCCCGGUCAGUGGGCCAAGGCCACCCCCAUUGCAGCCGGACCUCUCGCCUAGCCCGCAGCACCGAGCCCGUAUGCAAGCGCUGCAGAGGCUGAAGCUGCAGGGCAGUAUGCGCGGCACCUUGAAACCCAGCAGUGCAGCAGCGCCGGUGCCGGCACCGGCAAUCGCAUUGGCGCCACCAUCACAGCCCCAUCCGCCAUCCGUGGCCGAAGCGGAGGAACGGCAAGGGCAAGGCCGCCAUUUCUUAGACAGCCAGCCAGAACGGCAGCGUGAGCUCGGUGUUGCUGUCCCAUCGGGCGAGCUACAGCAACCCCGAACACGGCGGCAGGUGUGGCUUCAGGCUGAAGAGGGCCUGGAAGAGCCAUGCAGGCAGGAAAGCCGGAAAGGAUAUCGAGAGCAGGGCGGUUCUUCUAAUAGCGGUAGAGAGCAUCAGCACCAGCAGCAUCCGCACCUGCAGCCGCAGAAACUUGUCCAUGUUGAUGUUGGUGGGGAUGGGGAUGUCCGUGGGCGACAGCUGCGACAGCAGCCCUCAGCAUUAUCAGCAGGAGCAGCAGCCAAGCGCCCAGAGCUGCGGCCAGAGCUUUCCGAGGAAGCAAGCCUGCGGUCGAUGCGGGAAAUGCCCAGCAGCUCGCACCAGAAAUGGCCAUCAGCCCUCUCGCCUUUCUGCGAGCCGCGAAUUCAGGAUGCUACCGUGAUGACAUCACCGCGGAGCUGGAACUGCGGCAACGGCCGCCUGGCCACAGCCCCUCCGCCGCGUGGCGCUCACACGGAGCAGCCGCAGCCUCCAACACGCCAUGCAGAUUGCUCUGUGCAGCCUUGGGAGCACGGCAAAGGAGGCUACAUCGAUGGCGCCGACCCCGCAGCCCCCGUGAACCCGGACUGCCGUCCUGUCUGCCGCGGCACGUCCCAACACGUGCCUCAGCUCAGGCCUUCAGGCGCCGGACGCCCGUUCUCUGCCGCAGACGCGGACGACACGAGAUUGCGCGGGGCGAGUGGCGUACAGGCGGCUCCGGCGCCCAGGUCAAGUUACGCUGGUGAUGAGGGCUCCCUGGAGCAGCUGGCUGUGCACAGCCAGAAGAGGCUCCUACAGCAUGCCGUACAAGGACCCACGGGUCGUGAGGAUGCCGUGGCGUGGCCUGAGGAGCCGGUCCAGGCCGGUGCAGGUGGCCCCGCCGAGCGUGGGAUGGAGCAGAUGGUAAUGCAGGGGCGGGGAACUCCUGCGAGCGUAUGGGGUGACGCCGCUGGUGGGGCAGCGAAGGACGCAGAGGGGGCGACGCUGGGUAACGCGGGCGAUGGCGGGAAAGCACGUGGCGGCAUGAGCAGCAGCAGCAGCAGCGGCGGCGCCAGCGGCGGUGGUGGAAGUGGCAAAGUGGGGCGGGGUGCGGUCAGCUGUGGAGGCGGAAGCAGCGGGGCGGGCGACGAGGACCCACGGGUCGCAGUGGAUACAAGCGCGACGGCCCAGAAGAUGUCGUCCAUCCUGAAGUACCUGGAGGAGGUGGAGUUGCAGGCCGAGCAAGAAGCCACCUGUGCAGCCCUGGCGCCUGCGCUGCUCGCCACGGAGCCGUCUGCUGCAGCCGCCGUCGCCGCCGCGCUGCUGCCUGGAGGCAUCGCGUACACCACCCUCCACACGCAGCACCACAGCGGCUGCAGCGACGGUAUCAGCGCCCGCAGCGGCAGGGGCAGCGGAGGCGGCCAUGUCCGGCUGUACGGCUACUCCUCGGGGACCGCAACCGCCAACGGAACUCGCCAGGUCACCAACUCCUCACGUCCGGGGACUGCUCACACCAUGGGAUCGCUGAUGUCACAGCAACAGGCCGCACUGAGCGAGGCAUGUACAGCUGCGCGCCAAAGCCGCCACCAGCAUCACCAGCAGCAGCAGCAUCACCACGGCCGGAGGCCACGGUCCCAGCGGCGUGGCACCAGGAGCCUUGCUGGGGAUAAUGGCUCCGAAACCGGCGAAGACAUUGGUGGCGAGGAGUACGACGUUAGUGACAACGACGGUGACGGUGACGAUGACGAUGGGGUUUCUGUGGCCACCCGCACUACGGUUGCUGGCAUGGCCAACAGAUCAGCGUUCCUGGCGGAGUCGGUGUACGAGAACGUCCGAGCCAAAAUCCGGCGAUUAGAGGCGCGUGCGUGGCGGGUGGAUGGGGACGACAUCAAGCAACGGGACGCACGCAUCAACGAGCUCUCCCAGGAUGUUGAGUCCCUGCAAGCUGCCCAGCGCACCUGCCUGCUGGACGCGGACGCGCGCCUCACGGAGAUGCUGGCGGCUCAGCGGGCCGAGUACGAGGCGGCUGUGUCCCGCCACAUGGCCUUCGUGGACCGGCUGCUGGCGGACAAGGAAGCGCUGUCCAGCCGGGCGCAACAACUGGCGGAGCAGGUCAAGUCCGUGGAUGAGCGACAAGAGCGCGCCAUCGCCAAGCUCAAGGAGGGCUGGGCGGCAGAGCUCAAGCGCCAGAAGGAGAGCUGGGCGGCAGCGGAGAAGCAGCGGCGGGAAGCGUGGAUGCAAUCCAAGGCGACGGAGAUAAAGGACAUGACCGUCAAGGGACUCGAGGGCGAGGUCCAGAAGCUGCUCGCGCGGCACCGUGCGGAGCUGUCCGCCGCGCAGCAGGCCGCGGCGGAGGAGGCCAAGCGCCACUUGGACGCCUACGUGGCGCAGAACGAGGUCGCCGUGCGGCAGCUCAAGGAGCGAAUGUCCCGCGAGGCCGAGGAAGCGGUGGAGAAGGAGCGGGCCUCUGCCGCCACACGGCUACGGGAGGUCAGCGAGCGCUAUGAGCAGCAGCUGCAGACGCAACGCAUGCGGCUGGUGGCGGAUGCCGACUUGAGGCUAGAGCAGCUGGAGCAAGCCAGGAAGGAGGAUAAGAAGCGCUACGAGGAAGCAAUCGCAGCGGCUAAGGAGGCGGGCGAGGCCAGGCUUAAAGAGGCCGAGGAGGACUGGAAGCGGGAGAAGGAGGCGAUCGACGCCCUUCGCGAACAGUACGAGACGGGCCAGGAAGGGUGGCGGGCCGCCAUGGCGGAGCGAGCCCGCAAGGAGGUUUCGGAGCGUGUGGCGGCCAUUCGAGAGAAGCUGCUGCAGGAACGCAACGAGGAGGUGCAGGCUGUCAUGACUCGCCUGGAGGCCGAGCAUGCCUCCACGGUUGAGGCCCUGAAGGAGGACUUCCGCCGCCGCGAGGAGGCGGCCGCGGCCCGUGCAGCCUCGUCGCUGAAGGAGGCCCGCAGAGCAGAAGCCAAGAUGGCGGAGCGCUUCCGGAACGCUGGCGUGGCGACCAAGGCUGCUGAAGAGCGGCUGGCAGCCAGCGAGCUCACCAUCAGCGACCUGCGUAGGGAGCUGGAGACACGGAACAACACCAUCCGCUGGCUGGAGUCACAGGUAUCCUCCGCGAAAGACGAGGCAGUUGCCCGCGAACGCGACGUGCGGUCACUGGGCGACGAGAAGGCGGCUGUGGCUGCAGAGGUAGCGGCCGCAGUGGCGCGCGACAAGCAGCAGGUGGAAGCACGGCUGGCGCAAGCGCAGCAGGAGAAUCAGGAGCUCCGAAACCGGCACGCAGCGGAGAUGGCGGCCGUGGAGGCGCGCGUCAGAGCUACCCUGGCGCGCAAGGAGGAGGUUAUCAGCGGUCUGCGGGAGCAGGCGGCAGCCAUGGCAGCAGAGCUGCGGGACACGCAAGAAGUGCUGCGGCAGCAGCAGGAAGAGUUUGGGAGCGACCUGGACGGCGGUGCAUCGGCUGCGGCGGCGAUAGUGCCAGUCGUGGCUGCCGGGCGUAGCAUGUACAGCGAGGCGAGUGCAGGCGCAGGCGCCCGGCGAGGGGGGCGGCACUGA